AUGGCUGAAAUCGAGCUCGGAUACACUGCAGAUUACCAUGUUCAUCUUCGUCGGGGUGAGAUGAUGGAGGCUGUAGCCCCCGCUGUCAGGCAGGGUGGCAUCUCCAUCGCGUACGUCAUGCCAAAUUUGACUCCUCCUGUAACUGACAUUGAGACUGUUAUCAGAUAUAAGAAAGAGCUUCAGAUACUUGCUCCAAAGACCACUUUUCUAAUGACAUUUUAUCUUUCUAGACUUCUUACUCCCCAAUUAGUCGAGAAGGCCGCUGAACUGAAAGUUAUUCGUGGCAUAAAAUGUUAUCCUGCUGGUGUCACUACCAACUCCAAAGCUGGUGUUGAUCUAAACAACUUUACUGUUUUUCACCCAAUUUUCCGAGUGAUGCAGAAACAUGAUUUGGUGCUCAAUAUCCAUGGUGAAAAGCCCUCAUCGAUUAAUUCGAAAGACGGUGAUGCUGUUACUGUACUCAAUGCAGAAUCGAAGUUUCUGCCAGCAUUGUUGAAGAUUCAUCAGGAUUUUCCUAAACUCAAAAUUGUUUUAGAGCAUUGCUCCACUAAGGAAGCCAUUGAUACUAUCUAUGAUAUUAAUAAAGGGUUACUGGAUGAUGAAACACCCACCGUUUGUGGCUCCAUAACUGUUCAUCAUCUCUAUUUGACGGUGGAUGACUGGGCUGGAAAUCCAAUCAAUUUUUGUAAACCUGUGGCUAAGCUUCCAGAGGAUCGUCUAGCCCUCAUUGGUGCUGCUACUUCUGGAAAGCCAUUCUUUUUCUUCGGAUCCGAUUCAGCUCCUCAUGAUAUCUCCAAGAAGAGAACGCACAUCAAUGUGUCGGCUGGUGUCUAUACACAGCCUUACGUGCUAAGCUAUUUGGCGGAAUUGUUCGACAAAGUUGGCCAACUUGAUAAGCUGAAAGGCUUUGUUUCUAUCUUUGGUAACAAGUUCUAUGGAAUGGAUAACGAGGAAAAACUCGUAUCUAAGAGUAAAUGUUACCUCGUGAAGAAGUCUGUCAUAAUACCGAAGCUCGUUACUCACAAUAGCAUCAAUGUGGCAGUGUUCCAGCCAGGCAAGACGUUCUCAUGGUCACCUGAAUGGCGUUGA